CUUAAAUAGCCCGCCUAGAUUGUCCAUGUCUUCCAGUUCAUAUUAAACGAUUGUUGAAUAUUUUCAUAUAAGAAUUUCCUUCUUACAAUUAGUCGAGCGGAAGAUAAAAUUCAAAAAUGAUGAAGUUGAUCCUCUUGCUCGCAGUGAUUGUAAGCGCGACGACAUUAGAUCUUCCCAGCAAUUUUAAGACUUGUAAAAAAUCGGACCCGAACCUACUAGAAUGCCUUACGGAUGCUAUCAAAGAUGCAGUCGUUUCGAUGGCCAAAGGUCUGAAGAGCUUUAAAAUUCUGCCUAUUGAACCUCUAGCAAUUGACAGCAUAAAAAUUGAUUCGGAGGGCUCAGUUUCGCUCAAACAAGAAUAUCGAAAUGUCAAGAUACAUGGACUCACGAAGAAUAUGGAAGUGUACAAUUAUCAAAUAGACUGGGACAAUUUAAUAUUUAGAUCCGAGUCUUUUAAUACUCAGGUGGACUUUAUUGCCGAUUACAAACUCGAAGGCAAGAUUCUAUUACUACCAAUCCGAGGAGAGGGCAAAUGCAACAUAUCUAUGCAUGAUUUAAGGACGAAACACGAAACGCAUUAUGAAAAGUUUGAAAAAGAUGGAGAUAUUUAUAUGAGAGCGACGAAGUAUAUUGUCAAGUUUUUACCUGAUCACGUAACUCUACAAUUCGAUAAUCUUUUUAAUGGAGAUUCCAUUUUAGGUGAACAAAUGCAUAAAUUCCUCAAUCAGAAUUCGGAUUUAAUUUUUAAGGAGCUUGAAACACCUUAUGAAGAAACUUUCGGUUUGGUCUUCAUUAAAAUCACCAAUAAUAUUUUUACCCGCGUGCCUAUGAAUAAGAUUUUUAAAUAG